CAUUGAGUCUCUAGAUUCUGGACGUACCGGUUUUCCGUUGCCACACCUGAACGGGCUGACGAGCAUAACAUAGCCUACCUAACAACUUUCGCUGUCAGUCGGGACCUUGAAAUCGCAACCGGCGUUUGCUAAUAUUGUUUUCCUCGCGUGUGCGUUCAAUGCUGCGAUCUUCUCCCCGAUAUUUCGCCGCCAGCUUUCCGCUGGAAGUGACUUCAACUUUCACGAUCCUUUUUCUACUAUUAUGAAUGGAAUUAAAGGACUUGGAAAUACACAACGUCUAUUAUCACAUGUUGCUGGCCGACGUGCUGGUUGUUUCCCAAUCCAUGGAUGCUAUUAGUUAGUUAGUGAUGUUUAAAUACUAGUGGAAAUAUAUUUUAUUACGUCUGAUCUUUUUUUAAAAAACUUUUACGCUCGUAUACACGUACAUAUAUAUAUUAUAUAUUUGAAGAUUUUAUAUUAAUAUUCGGAGGAGUGAUCAAGCGAUCUUUUUGCCCUGUGAUUUCUAUUAUUUUUUACUUGGAUUUUAUUACACGAGUUCAACAUGAUUCUGAGUGAGAAAGACUUGCAAUUGUUGAGUUCCAUGCCAGCUUUUGUGCCUGAACAAGAAAAAAGGGAAAACGACCUUAAAAUAGAAUUCGAUGGAACAACGGUACUUUGCCGAGUAUGCGGUGACAAAGCCAGUGGUUUCCAUUAUGGUGUCCAUUCUUGCGAAGGUUGCAAGGGUUUCUUCAGGCGAAGCAUACAGCAAAAGAUACAGUAUCGGCCCUGCACAAAAAACCAGCAAUGUUCUAUUUUGCGGAUUAACCGUAACCGUUGCCAGUAUUGUCGCCUCAAAAAGUGCAUUGCAGUGGGCAUGUCUAGGGAUGCUGUCCGAUUCGGUCGCGUCCCCAAACGAGAAAAGGCAAAGAUAUUGGCUGCUAUGCAGAAGGUGAAUGCCAGUUCUCAGGAGAAGGCCUUAGGAGCAGAGCUGGAAGAUGAGAUGCGUUUAUUGGCCACAAUUGUCCAGGCGCAUGAAGAAACCUGUGACUAUACGAAAGACAAGGUCGCCGGACUCGUUGAAAAAGCGAGAUCGCAGCCUGUGUACACCCAGUGCCCUCCUCAGUUGGCCUGUCCAUUGAAUCCAAUUCCUCAUAUAAUGGAAAAUGGUGUUUCACAUUACAUGGAAGAUUUUUCUGAAAGAUUUUCACCUGCAAUCAGAGGUGUAGUUGAAUUUGCCAAAAGAAUUCCUGGUUUUGGUUUUCUUUCUCAAGAUGAUCAGGUCACCUUAUUGAAGGCUGGUGUGUUUGAGGUGCUUUUAGUGCGUUUAGCUUGCAUGUUUGACUCUCAAGCCAACUCUUUGAUCUGUCUAAACGGUCAAGUUCUUCGUCGAGAAUCCCUUCAUACUGCUAGCAAUGCUAGAUUUCUUCUGGACUCCAUGUUUGAUUUUGCUGAGCGGCUCAAUACGCUCCAUUUAUCAGACAGUGAAGUUGGGCUCUUCUGUGCUGUAGUUAUAAUUGCUGCAGAUCGCCCUGGACUUAGAAAUACAGAAUUAGUACUGAAAAUCCAAAAGAAAAUGAUGGAUAUUUUGCAGAAAUCCGUAUCAUCUAACCACCCUGAGAAUCCUAGCAUUUUUGGAGACUUGAUGAAGAAGAUACCUGAUCUGCGUACUUUAAAUACCCUUCAUUCUGAGAAGCUGUUGGCAUACAAAAUGGAACCGCGUAAUCGUGCAUCAGCUGCAGUGGGAGCUUUAGACACUCUUACGGAUUCUUCUGUAGCCAAUGGAAGUGCAUAUUCUACAAUUCCACAUGAGAUUUGGACCCAGUAUUCCUUAGUAACGGAAAAUCCACCAUGCCUUGCUCCUGAGGAAGACCUCAGAAGUACUUCUCCUGGGCAACACAGUCAACAUGGUGGCAGCACAACGGGUAGUGAGUGGAGUACUACUGAUUCCAAAGAUGAACAUGAUCUGGUAGGUUCUCCAAGAUCUAUUGGUAGUGGAAUUUGUGCUGAAGAUGUGAAGAGUCCAAUUAGAUCAUCAAGUUUUUCAAGUUCUCGAAGCUAUCCCCAUGAAGAAGCUUGGCCAUCAGAUGGAAAUCAAGCUAUUGAAUAUUCUCAUAAUUUGCAUAAGAGAGCAGUAGAGAAUGCGGGCUCUGAACAUGGCAGCAGCUCCGGUGAUGAAGGCUAUUUCAUUGAUAGUCCUAUCAAAGGGCCAGUUUAUCCCAAACUUAGAAGAGUGGAUUCUCCAACUGAUUCAGGAAUAGAAAGUGGUAAAGAACAUGGUCCAAGUACGACACCAACAAUUUCUGUGUGCUCCAGUCCUAGAUCCUCAGUGGAUGAAAAAGUGAAAGACAUUAUGGAACAUGAUCACCAACAGCAGCACAAUCAAGAGAAGCAUGAAAAUAUAGAGGAUAUGCCUGUUUUGAAACGAGCACUUCAGGCCCCACCUCUUGUAAAUACCAAUAUGUUGAUGGAUGAAGCUUAUCGCCAUCAUAAAAAGUUUCGGGCUGCAAGAAGGGAAGCCGAAAGCCCUUCUAGUCCUGGCCAAUUAUCUUUAGCCAGUACACACAGUACACUUGUGAGAACAUUAGAACAAGCUCCUCGUUAUAUGAAUGAUCAACAGUUAAAACGAACUGAUUUAAUUCAUAAUAUAAUCAUGAGAAAUGAAACUUUGCCAGCACAGCAACAAACCUCUCAGCAUCAUCAAAACCAACAACAGACUCCAUCUCAAUCUCAUCACAUUGAAACACCAUCGCUUACUUGUCCCAACAUGCAGAAUAACUCUUAUUCAUAUAGCAGUGUUCCUAACUCAACUGUGCCACCUGCUUCUCAGAACUAUGUUUUGACCAAUGCUCAGCAACAUAAAAAUUUGCUUGUGUGUCCAAAUGGCUACUAUGUUCCGCAUGGAAAUAAUGUCCAGCAGGCACCUAUUUAUUCAUCAUCAAAUCCUGUGUCUUGGCCUUUCACACAGCAACAGUCGUCUUCAACAGUGACUAUGUCAUCUGCAUCCCUUGUCCAAGUUCAUGCUCAGUUUGAGCAGCCGCACAUGCAACGGAACUCUCCUGGCUUACACCAGAACUCACCUAGUUACUGUUCCUCAACCCCAGUAGUUAGCACAUCGAGGGCAGGCUCUCCUAGGUUGCUUUACAAUCCUCGUUCACCAGCAACUUCAUCUUCUCCUCUAGUCAUGAAUGGCAUCGGACUUUGCCCAUCAAGUACUCCCUCCUCGAUGUGCCAGACCGAUUCCAGGCCGGUGCAAUCCGAGGCUUCCCACAAACCCUCUGGUGAGUCUCAGCCACUCAAUUUGUCCAAAAAGCUAUUUUCUCCACCCAUGUUAAAGAUGGAGUCGUGAUCAUGUACUGUGAAUUUGUAACAUCUUUCAAAUUGUCAUUGAUGUGGAAUUUGUGGAUGUAAAAAAUAACAUCCCAGUCUACGCACUUCUCCCCCUUCCCCACCUUGUGAUCAUGCACCUGUUGUGUCUUAACUGGAAACUAAGCAGCAUCGUCAUUUGCAGAUGCAUUUGCCAUGUUUGAAAAAAAAUGUGCCAUUCCAGAAUUAGAAUGCAUGCAGGCUGUGUGUCCUUGCACUUUUGCAGAGAGACUAAUAAGGCAAAGAACAAUGUUGUUGGACUCUCAUUUGUAAAUAUUGUUUGUAUCAAAAACUUGACUGUGUAUUCAUUUUGUACAAAAAAACUGAAGUGACCACUGUCUGUCUUCAGGAGCCGUGUUGUAAAUUAAAAGGGGGAAAAAAAAAUGGUAUAUUCCGGUAUAAAGAUGGUGUUAUUGGAGCAUUAAGUUAAAUAUUGUAAAUGCUAAGUUUUUUUUAAUGAAAAAAAAAUAAAUAUAAAAUUUUGUAACAUCACAUAGGUGAUGUAUAAAGGGUUUAUUCUUUGAUUCUGGUAAUUCAAAGGGCUAGGAAAGGGGCCAUAUUGUAGAAAGUUUUGGGUAGCGAAAUAUUGUGGUUCUCUUCUUGUAAAUAUGUUUUGUAGCACACAUUUCAGUAAUUUAAUGUUUCCUUUUCUGAAUGAGUGGCAUAUGUGCAGUGGUGUUAUUUUAUUUUUGGCUCCACAGUAUUAUUGUUAUAAUUAAGAAAGUAGCAUGUCUGUUAUUUCAAGGGAUCAUGGUUAAACAAAUUCUGGAAAUACCAAAUCUGUAAAGCAGAAUGAAUGCCCUUACUUUUACAAUAGGAGCUACAUGUUACAUGAAAAGAAAUUUUUAAUAUUUUAAAAUAAAUCACGGGAUGUAAAUAUUUACGUUUUAUGUAAAUAUUUGUACUGGACUUUAUUAUUAUUUUUGUCUUUGCUCAGCUGCAAGUAAUUCAAUAGAUUUUAAUCUGACAUAGUGGUCAGAACAAAUUAUUUGUUGUGUUUUUUAAAUUUUAUAUUCUUUUGAAUUGAAAUAUAUAUGUAUAAAAGAUAAAACACCAAUUUUAGUGUGAAAUGAGCUUUAGAAGCACAAGCAUUUAACUGAAAUAUGUAUUUCCAGUAAUUUGCUUACCUUUUAAAAAACCCUUCUGUUGUGCUUAUUGAAGUCUUUAGCCAAAACAUUGAACACUGUUGCAUAGACAGUUCUUGUAGUACAAUCAAACUCUUAAUUUAAGUUCAUUUAAUUAUGCUGAUCUCUAAGAUCAUACAUUGGUGUGGCUCUGUGCCUGUUAUGUGAUCAUGUCAUUUCAUUAAAAAACUUUUCUGAGUGAA